GUUCAUAAUACUCUUCUGACAAAUCCUACUCAUCAUAAAUGGACAGAUAUAUACAAAAAAAAAAGAAAAAAAAGGGAAGAAGUCCUCUUUUUAUUUUUAUUUUUUUAUUUUAUUUGUUGAUUAGGGCCGGAGGAAAGUAUUGUUGGGUUGGUUACCUCCCUCCGUUUCCCCUCCCACCCACCCCUUGCAUGCAUCCCGUUUCGGUACAGUGCCACGUCACAGUGCCAGAUCAGCAGUGCCACGUCAGCAGUGACACGUCAGCAGUGCCACAUCACAGUGCCAAGUCACAGUGCCACGUCACAGUGCCAGAUCAGCAGUGCCACGUCAGCAGUGCCAGGACACAGUGCCACGUCAGCAGUACCAUGUCAGACACAGUGCCACGUCAAGCCAACAGCAUCGACAGACUCAAGUACUGGCAUUUUAAACCGAACGGCGACGAGGCAACACCGGAAGAGAAGCACAAGGAGUUCCUCUCCAAACUCAUGACGCGGUUGUUGUAUGCUUGCAACUACCAAAGGUCGGAGUUGGAGAGACAAUACCGGGACCUGACACAACAGCAUCAGGAGUUGGCAACGCUCCGCCGCACAGUGCAGAGCCACGAGGAUGCAACUCGGGCACUCAAUGCCCGAUUGUUGGACCUGGAACAAGCUGUACCAGGACCAGCUGCUGAAGCUUCCAGCAGUGCACCCUCAAGCCGCCAACUGGAGGACCGUGUUGACCACGUAGUGGCAAUGCUCGGCGACAUCAGCACCUUCGCUGCGCCGACCACCACCAUCAGCAGUCAACUGCAUACAUUGAAGACCGAGGUCCAGAAGCUGCAGUCGACGAACGCGGACGACAAUCCGAAGAUGUACAAGAUGCCAACUUUCAACCUGGAGAGGUUCGACGACUACACGCAGCAGGAUCCCGUCCUCUGGUGGGAAGCAUUCACAACGCAACUCAGGAUCCUGCCAGUAGCCAAGCAUGCGUACAUCGACGCCCUGUUCCUGAAUUCAAAGGGCGGAUGCCAGACCUGGUUGAGCCACCUGGCAACCUCCCACGGCGUCGACGUACCAGACUUGAAGGACGGCAACAACUUUGACGCAUGAAAAGCUGGGUAGGUGUGGAGGUGCGCUGGAAUCUC